UUAUUCAAAAAAUGGCUGUAAGUAGGUAUAUGCACCCAAGAAAUAUUUAUAAAACACCACCAAAUUUCAAGAAACUCGCAUUGGAUUAUCCAGAAUUUAGAGAAUUCGUUACACAUGAUGUCACCGGUAAAGUUUCGCUUGAUUUCAAGAAUACUAAAUCACUGCGGUGUUUAUCAACUAUUUUGCUAAAAAAAGACUUCGGAUUGGAAGUGGAAAUACCAUUGAACAAGCUCAUUCCUACGAUACCGUUGCGGAUAAAUUACAUUUUAUGGCUGGAAGACCUUCUAACACUGAUUGAUAACAAGGAGAAAAUUAAAGGAAUAGAUAUCGGGACGGGUGCCUCUUGCGUAUACCCCCUUCUCGGGGCCAAGAAGAACGGCUGGUACAUGGUAGCUUCGGAGGUGGACGAAGAGAGCGUCAGGAGCGCUAAAUCUAACGUCGACAGAAAUAACCUGCAAGAACUCGUACAGGUUAAAAAAGUCACGGAAGAUGUUAUUCUGAAGGAAUUAGUUCAAUCGGAGGAAUAUGACUUCUGCAUGUGCAAUCCCCCGUUCUUCGGCAACGUCCAGGAACUGCAGCCAAACUCCAAAUCGAGGAAUCUAAGCAGGCCGAAACCGAAGAACUCCUUCUGCGCCUCUGUAAACGAAGUCGUGGUAAAAGGGGGAGAAGUGGAAUUUCUCAGUAAACUUAUCGAAGAAAGCAAAGAGUUAGGCAUGAAGAUCAAAAUAUACUCGACAAUGGUGGGUUGUAAAAAGAAUUUACCGCAAUUGAAGAAACUGCUGAGAGAAGCGGAAGUGUGCAGUUUCAAAGAGACUGAAUUUUGCCAGGGUAAUACGACGAGAUGGGGCCUAGCGUGGACGUUCUGUUCGCAUUUCGACCUGAAAAAGUGCCCUGACUACAUUAAAGAAAUUUCACGGAAGACCAAAUUGAAAGAGCCUCUAUCACUUGUACUGUUAGAUGAAAGCGACGAGUUUUCCUUAAACAAUGCCAGAGAUAGCUUAAUAAAGUUAUUCAACGGAUUGAAAAUGAGCGUCGAAGAAAUUUCGAGGAAGAAAGAUGUGAUAAGAUACUUCGUGUAUGCUUCAGCUAACACCUGGUCACACCAAAGAAGAAAAAGAAGGGAGAAACGAAAUGGAAACAGCGAAACUUUAAAUUCAUCAGGAGAAAACGAUUUGUCUGUUCAGGAAGAAGAAACUUCAGGAGGGAAAUCUCCAGGAAAAAGAACACACGAAGAUGUGGAUGUCAUUGGAGGAAAUCUCGUCAAAAAAUUAAGAAUUACCAGUGAAGAUGAAGACGUAUUUUUUAAAUUCGUUGCAAGUCUCAAACUUUCUGAAAAUAAGGUCGUUUUAGAAUUAGAUUGUAUAAGUAACGACAGUAAUAGGGAAUACUUACAUCAAAUUUUGCAGUACAUUAAGAAUAACUUAAAAGUACUAGAUUCAAUUGAAUAAGUAAUAAUAUUCAUAAUUUGUAAUAAACGAAACUGGUUUUAAAAGAGAGUUUACAUUUAAGUUUAGAGUAAUUAUUUCUUUUCAGUUUUACAUCAUUUCUUUUCCAGUAAUCAUCUAUGUACUUUAAAGGAAUUUAAUUAAUUUAUUUUAAGAAUUAUUUUUU